AUGUCGCAACUCACCCACCAUCUCCUCCUUUGGAGUCAGAAGCAUCUGAGGUCGGUUCGUGCUGUUCACGUCCCAGGCGAGCUCAAUCGUGCAGCCAACGAGCUCUCACGACAGCCCGAACUUCCGGGAGAAUGGCGACUCCACCCCGAGACACUUCAGGGACGCUCAGGUAGACCUGUUUGCCUCCCCGGAUAUGUCCCACUGCCAGCUGUUUUACUCCCUGUCCGAGGGGACCCUUGGCAUGGAUGUACUGGCACACAGCUGGCCUCUGGGUCUAGGCAAGUAUGCAUUACCCCCAGUGAGCUUUCUCGCACUGUGCAAGGUCAGGGAGGACGAGGAGCAGGUACUCUUAGUGGCGCUAUACUGGCCCAAUCGGACUUGGUUCCCAGAACUGAUGCUCCUUGUGACAGCCCCUCCUUGGCGUGUUCCCCUGAGGAAGGAUCUCCUUUCUCAGAGAGGGGGCACCUUCUGGCACCCAUGCCCAGACCUUUGGAAUCUCCAUGUAUGGUCUCUGGAAAGAACCGCCGUAGAUGCCCGAUCAUGGUUGUGCUCUCCUUUCUGCAAGAUGGGCUGGAGCGAAGGCUGUCUCCCUCCACUAUCAAAGUGUAUGUUGCCGCUAUUGCCACACAUCACGAUGCAGUAGAUGGCAGGUCCAUUGGGAAGCAUGACCUGGUCAUCAGGUUCCUUAUGGGGGCAAGGAGGCUGAACCCUCCGCGCUCUCGCUUGGUACCCUCUGGGGAUCUCCCCUUGAUCCUGAUGGAAUUGAAGCAGGAGCCUUUCCAGCCUCUGCAGUCAGUAGAGUUAAAGUUUCUGUUGCUGAAGACAGUGCUCCUCACUGCAUUGGCUUCGGUCAAGAGGGUUGGGGACCUGCAGACAUUUUCGGUCGACGAUACGUGCCCCAGAUAUGUGCCCAAAGUUCCCACCACACCCUUCCGGGAUCAGAGCCUGUGUCCUCUUGCGUACUCGCCCCAGAUGGCCUGUAAUGCUGGACCGGCUCGGUGUCAAUCACACUUGCUGCGCCAUUCCCCUCUACGGACUGAAGGAGGGAACGGAGACGUUACGUCAUCACAGUUGCUGUACCACCGCUGUACGGCCGGGGCCGGGCCCACGUCUCGGCUCCUCAACUGUUUGGGUCAGAUAUUUUCUCAUGUGUCAGUCCAGUCUGAGUAUCGCUGUGAACAGAGACGAACAGAAGUCCAGACACUGGUGUCACGAUCUGAAGCAGCAUUUCACUCUUCUGCUGGGAUUGGGCUCUUCUGGAAACUGGACAUUAGAGAAAUGAUGCUCCUCUUUGCACUGAUGCUGAUGCUGCUGCAAACUGCUGAAUGUCUCUGCUGGUUAAAUCAGACCGAUCCCUGUUAUGCAGCUUUGGGACACAAAUUCAAUCUGCCGACGGUGCUGGACGCUAGUAAAUAUGACAUGAAGAUACAAAAGAGAAUAAACAACAGUAGCAGAAAUGGUCCAGUUUGUAGAGUUAAAUAUGGUAGGAUGAAGGAUUGUGAUCUUUAUAGUAACAGACCUGAGGUUGCAUUAAUUAAUGGCACUCUGAUAAUAAACCGUGUGAUCAGAGCAGAUUCAGGGAAUUACACAGUAACACUCUCUCGCUCAGAUGGCACAGAAACAUCUACAGAUCUUCAAGUGAAUGUUGAAGCUCCUGUUGGCUCAGUGGAAGUGUUCAUCAGCUGUUCCUCCAGUGGGGCGAGGAGGGCGUCCUGCUCCUCGGAGGGCGAUCAGCUCCUCUACAGCUGGACUUUGAAUGGAGAUCCACUGAUGGAUGGCAACUCCAGCAUUGAUCUGGAUGAGGGAACUGAUGGAAACAUCACCUGCGGUGUGAAGAACCAUGUCAGUCACAGACAGAUGACCAUUAGUCUGAAACCUUGUUCCGGACCAUCUACUGCAUCUGAGACCUCAACAGUAAAGGAUUCAAAAUAUGUUUUACAUUCCUCUCUGAUUGCUUUGGGCUGCGUUGCGCUGAUCUUGAUUCUGCUGUUCAUCCCUGCAUAUCACACUUACAAGAAAAAACAGGUCAAGUCAACAGCCACUGCUGCCAGUGCGGACAUCAUAUAUGCUGAUAUCUCUCAUAAGAAAAAGGGUGCAAAGAAGAAAACAGAAAUACUCCCCGCUGAUGUGGAAUAUGUCGAGGUCAAAUGUCAGAAAAAGAGGAAGGAGAGGAAAGAGAAGAAAGAGGAAGAAGUUGAGUACGGCGAGGUGAUGUUCACUCUGAACCGCUCAAACGCUCACCUGCAGCCUCAGCAUGAGUGUGUUUAUUCUCAGAUGAAUCGAGUCACUUCAGAAGGCCUUUAUUAACCCCCCGGAGCCGUGUGGGGCACUUAUUAUGAUGGAUGGAUGCACUUUAUUGGGCUUGAAAAUCUCAACACCCAUUCACUGGCAUUAUGAUGAUGGGAAGAGCCAGGAGAUUUUUUUUACUUAACUCCUAUUGUAUUUGUCUGAAAAAGAAAGCCAAAUAGGAUGAAUUGAGGAUUGAUUUAAAUCAUGGGGUAAUUUUCAUUUUUGGGUGAACUAUCCCUUUAAUGUUUGUGUGUCUGGGGCUGAACUGUGAGAUGUUGAGUAAAAGCGAGACAAUGGAAAAAAAGGGAAACCAAAUGCAUGUUAUUUUCCAUCAGACAAGCUGUACUGUUUUUAGUGCUUCUCGUGUUGUUCUCAGAUCAUAUGACGGCGAGAAAAAGCUUUAGUGAAAGUCAGCUUUUAAUCAUGAAGAAAUUCAUGCUCGAUACCUUACAUUUCAUAAGUUCCACAAGUAGAAUUCAAAGAAAUAUAUAUGCAGUCAUCUUUGUUGCAUCUCUGCUGCUUUCAUUAAAAAUUUAAUGUAUUCAUUAAAAGGAAUUAAUUUAUAUUAUCCCCCAGUUCUAUAUUUAAGUAUAUCCAACUUUAUUUGCAUGCAUACAGAAUACUCACAUAAAGUGAUAUAUACUAUAUAGCAAAUCUCCACUGUUUUCAGUCAUCAUAAAAUAUAACUAUAUUAUCAUCCAGCUCUAAUCUGGUAAAUGCGACAUGAAGAUGUUGAGCUAUUUUAAACAUUAACAUCAUGUUUUUUUUUGUAAAACUGUUUUGUAACAAUGUGUAUGGUCAAAAGUGCUAUAUAAAUUAAUUUGACUUAAUAAAUAAAGUUUUUAGAGUGAA